UCUGUUCCACGGAAAUCUAUGGACCCCAUAAACGAUGCAAGGUUCUAUGAAUCGUUGAUCAAGCCUCCUCGGCAGCGAACUCAAGAUGAUAUUCGAAAUAUUUACGAUCAACUCAGACAACUUGAUAUGUUUUCUACUCUUUAUAACGGCCCAUUGAAGGCCAUAUGUGCCAAUGCCCGAUAUGAACGACAUGGUGGUCACCACAUAUUGUAUCGGGAAGGCCAAGUGGCAACAUGCUGGUACAUCCUCCUUUCUGGCUCAGUGCUGAUCGAGAACAAUAUCUGUCUACCGUAUGGAUGCUUUGGAAAACGGAACGGAAUAAGUUGUCGACGUUCUCAGGACUGCAUGCUUCUGCAGGAGUCAGAAAUGAUUGUGGUAAGUUGCGAAUUUCUUAUGUUUCGACUUUCUUUUCAUAUUCGAUUUCAAUGUGAUCAUGUCAGUGAAAGCGUCUCGAGCUCAAUAUUUGGUCUUCGUUAUUUCAUGUUAUGUGCCGAGUUCAUAAAAUCGAUGCUUAUCAGGUCGUAUCCAGUUGAAUUUCCCAUUGACGUCCCAUCUACGUCGACCUAUGCUUCUUGUACUGAAAAUCAUAGGAGUCACGUGUACCUAAAUGGCUUAUUAUCGGACGAAGAUACGUUGGUUCGUGUGAAACAUCGUCGUGAGAAGAGCAAUUCUAUGGGUAAUGUUGCAAAUGGUGCUGCUCGUCGUCUUCGUGUCAGGAGCACCGCAUCGUCUACGACUACUGAGGGCGACGAUGCUAGUGGCAAAGACGAUGAUGGAUCUUGUCCAUCACACGAGAGUUUCGUUGAUUUGAAAGACUCCGUUCGUGAAUGUCUGGAGAAAGAGCCAAGCGAACGUAAUGCAGAAGACCUAGCCGUUUUACUUGACUUUAUGCAACAUAUGUCGUCAUUUGCUUCACUUCCCAUGUCCAUAAAAAGACAACUAUGUCUGAAAAUGGUGUUCGCUGUAGUGAAUGAUGCCGGUACUGUGGUCAUGCAUCACAACGAAAAACUUGAUGCCUGGUCUGUAAUUGUCAACGGGCUCGUCGAGGUUGUGAAGCCGAACGGUGAAAGGGUUGAAUACAAACUGGGCGACUCGUUUGGUGCUGAACCAAAUCCAGCGAUCCAGUAUCACGUUGGGGAAAUGCGUACAAUGGUUGAUGACUGCGAGUUUGUGUUAAUUGAACACAAAGAUUUCUGUUCAAUCAUGUCGACGAUUGGUGAGCAUAUAGAGAAGGAUCGGGACGGGUUGACUGGUGAAGUUGUAUCAGAAACGGAAAGAAGAACUGUAGGAAGCCAAGUUGGUCUGGUUCUCAUAAAGGGCAAGCCGGAUAAAUUGAUUCAACACUUAGUGGAUGAUCGUGAUAGUAAUGUGGAUCCACAUUAUGUCGACGAUUUCCUCCUUACCUAUAGGGUCUUCAUACAUAAUCCUACUACUAUAUUUGAAAAACUUAUGAUGUGGUUUGCUGAUGGAGCGCUCAGAGAUAAAAUCGCUCGCAUCGUGUUGUUAUGGGUAAAUAAUCACUAUAAUGAUUUCGAAACAAACGAUGAGAUGAUGAAAUUAUUGGAAAGGUUCGAGGGUGCCUUAGAGCGCGAUGGUAUGCAUAGUCAACAAAGCCUACUUAAUAUUGCCUGUUCAGUGAAAGCUCGUCCCCGAACAGUAGUUUACUCGAAAGAUGACCCUCUACAUUUCUCCAUCCAAGGAGGUAAAGAAUGUGGCUGUGGAAUUUUCGUGAGCGAGGUGCAACCGGACUCGCCUGCGGAACGUUGUGGUCUCAAAAGAGGAGACGAGAUACUUGAUAUAAAUGGGCAAUCUAUGAAAUAUCUGACACUCGCGAAAGCCUAUGAAAUCAUGAAGGACAGUGUCUCACUCGCCAUCAAUUUAAAGAGUAAUAUUCUUGGAUUUAAAGAAUUGUUGGGAAAAGCAGAACGUAGUGUGCCGAAUGUCAUCCCCGUGAAGUCUGUAAAGACUAUCAAAUUCGCCGGUACUAUGAUGGAUAAAUUGAUGACUAUACUAAAAUCCAAUAAAGAAGGAGAGGACGCUGCCGAUGAAGCGCAGACUGUGACAAAUCAACUGCGUCCAAGUAGAUCAAAUCCAGAUAUUACCUCUAUAUCUCAGUACUACGGCCCUGUCAAGAGCGAAUGCCCUGAGCAUGUGCUGAAGAUUUAUAGGAGCGACCAAACCUUCAAGUAUCUUGCAGUGUACAAAGAAACUACUGCUCAGAAUGUGGUACAAUUAGCUUUACAGGAAUUCAACAUGACAGCUGAGGGGAGUCUGGAGUGGUCACUUUGUGAAUGCACUGUAACAGAAGAUGGUGUCAUCAAGCAACGGCGUCUUCCACCGCAAAUGGAAAAUUUGGCAGAGCGGAUCGCCCUUAACAGCAGGUAUUACUUGAAGAACAAUAAUCGCUCAGAACCGCUUGUUCCCGAUGAUUUGGCUCCUGAAAUUAUAAAAGAUGCUCAAGCGCAGUUACUGAGUCUUAAUGCCCAGGUUGUAGCCGCGCAGCUCACCUUGCAGGAUUUCGCUGUUUUUGCUUCUAUUGAGCCUACGGAGUACAUUGACAAUCUGUUCCAGUUGGAGUCGAGGUAUGGAUCACCUCGCUUGGAGGAGUUCGAGAGGAUCUUUAACCGCGAGAUGUGGUGGGUGGCAACCGAAGUGUGUUCUGAGCGACACAUCCAGAAACGCGCUAAACUUAUUAAGAAGUUUAUCAAAGUAGCCAGACAUUGCCGGGAGCUGCGUAAUUUCAAUUCUAUGUUUGCAAUCAUGAGUGGUUUAGACAAGCCGGCUGUGCGAAGGCUGCAUUCAACAUGGGAAAGGGUUUCCGGAAAAUACAUUCGUAUGCUUGAAGACGUCCAGCAGCUCGUUGACCCUUCACGGAACAUGUCCAAAUACCGCCAGCACCUUGCUGAAGUCUCACAAGAACCACCAGUCGUUCCAAUUUAUCCAGUGAUCAGGAAGGAUUUGACGUUCUCACACGAAGGGAAUCCAACUUAUUGCGAUAAACUAGUCAACUUUGAAAAGUUACGGCUCAUAGCGAAAUCCGUCCGAGCGGUCACCAAGUUGAGCAGUGCUCCGUAUGAAAUUUCCAGUAUGGCUGCAAGAAGUGGAAACCUGAUAAGCGACGCUCUACUUCACAUGAACACGUUUGAAGGCAGUAACGUAGCUACAAUGAGAAAAGGAGGACGUGUAGUUCAGCCAAGAAAGAAGGUCUACGAACAAGCCCUCAUGGUCCGAAAAGUAAAAUCGUACUUGGACGGGUUACGAGUUGUAGAUUCGGAGUCAGAGUUGGAUCGCCUUAGUUAUGAUCUUGAACCUCAACAACCAGGCUUACGCGUGCGCCGUGCUCCGAGCCCAUCUCCUUCUUCUUUGUCAUCUCAAUCGGCAGAGUCCAACUCAACAGAGCAGCGUCGUUUCAAAAGUGGUGGUGGGAUGUUCGGAGUAGAUUCUCCACAGGCUGUUCAGAAAAUGCUUGGUUUGGCGCAGGCAAGCAAAUCGAAAGGCGCCGCUUCGCCAAUGCCAUCCCCAGCAUCUACUGUUUCCAACAAGGGUUUACAGCGAAAUGUUCCCAGAGUAUCUGCGAGGCAUCAUUCGACUUCACAAGAGCCUGUUGAUCUAAACAAGGAGACGAGUUCUGUCACAAGCUUUUACGGAGCUGGUGAGUUCAUUUAA